AUAGUUGUUCCUUCAACGCUGCCACGGGACCUCCGGUUUUUUCCCUUUUACUUGGACGUGUGAAGGUCUUUUCUUUCCCCUUUGCCUCAGUGGUUCAAAGUCCCUGAUCGGCGCCUGCGGACUCCUCCACAAAUCGCGAUCCAUCAUCGAGACCAGGCAACCUAAGUAAACGCACCCGCUGCUUUCAUCCAACGGCGCAACUCGACGACAACCAAUUUGUAACCCACUCCAAAGUCCCAUCUUUUGCGACUCCGCCUGCCGCCACCAUGGUGGUCGAUACCGCUUACUAUGACGUCUUGAACGUCAAGCCCACUGCGACUGAGCUCGAGAUCAAGAAGGCCUAUCGCAAGCUCGCCAUUGUCCACCAUCCCGAUAAGAACCCCGACGAUCCUACCGCUCACGAAAGAUUCCAGCAGAUUGGUGAGGCCUACCAAGUACUGUCCGAUCCUGACCUACGCGCAGCCUACGACAAGUAUGGCAAGGAGUCUGCCCGGCCCACCGAGGGCUUCGUCGAUCCCGCCGAGUUCUUCACAAGUAUUUUUGGUGGUGAGGCCUUCGUGGACUGGAUUGGCGAGAUCAGUUUGAUGAAGGACUUGACUGCCACCAUGGAAAUUAGCAUGGCCGAAAUGGAGGCAGAGGAGGCAGCCGCCGCCGCUGAAGGAGGCGAGUUCCCCGGCACUGACGAGGCCGUCAAGGAAAGCCUCAAGACCGCUGCUGGCGCCACUCCCGCAGACGCCUCCACUUCUGCUCCCCCCAAGGUUGUGGUCGAGGAUGAGGCGUCUGCUGCCCCUGCCGCCGCACCCAAGGCCCCAUCCCCAUCACCCUCGCCAGCGCCUCCUUCAGGCUCGUCCACUCUUCGCAGUGGGAGCCGCAUGCAGAUCCCUAUUCGCCCGGCCUUGAUGGACAGGCCCGCGGACGAGGUUUUAUCCGGAACUGAGGAGACCAACACCGACAUCAACAAGAAGGGCAAGGAUAAGAAGAAGGGCGGUCUUUCCAAGGAACAGCGCGAACAACUCGCCGCUUACGAGAAGGAGCGUGCACGUAUCCGUGAGGAGCGCGUCAACACCCUCGCGCAGAAGCUGCUUGACCGUAUCUCCAUAUGGACCGAAACCGACAGGGGCAAGGAUGUCACAACUGCCUUUCAAGAAAAGAUGCGCCUGGAGGUGGAGGAGCUCAAGAUGGAAUCUUUCGGUCUCGAUAUUCUCCACGCCAUCGGUCAAACCUACGUCAGCAAGGCCACCGCUUUGCUACGCAGCCAAAAGUUCUUUGGAAUGGGAGGAUUCCUGAGCCGCAUGAAGGACAAGGGCACUAUGGUCAAGGACACAUGGAACACCAUUAGCAGCGCUAUUGACGCCCAGCAGAGUAUGGAGGAGAUGGCUCGUAUGGAGCAGCUAGGUGGCGAGGACUGGACUGAGGAGAAAAAGAUGGAGUAUGAGAGGAGAGUCACGGGCAAGAUUUUGACAGCGGCCUGGAGGGGAAGCAAAUUCGAGAUCCAGAGCGUGCUCAGAGAUGUUUGUGACGCGGUACUGAACGACAAGAAAAUUCCCCUGGCGAAGCGGCUGGAAAGAGCCGAAGCGUUGGUGAUUAUUGGUGAAAUUUGCUCAAAGGCUAAACGCUCUCCUGAGGAAGAAGGCGACUACAUGGCUUUCGAGCAGCUCGUCGCCGAGGCCAACCUGAAGAAGGAAAAGGAGUCCAAGAAGAAGGACAAGGAGAAGAAGAAGCGCCACAGCAGCGAUAAGGGAUCUACUCACUCUGCCCAGGCUGCGGCCACGGCUGCCGACGCGCCCAACGUACCGAAGACCUCGUCAUAGAAAGGCGACUUCCUGGUGUAAUGGUUUGCUGUUCUCUGUGGCUAGGCUUUCCCUUGAUAUACAGGCUUCUUGUUCGAGGACGGAUCCGAAAACGAUAGGAGGCAUGGGAGAGCGUUGUAUCUCCUUCCCGAGGUGGGGCAUAUAAACGGUCGGCUAUACAGGCUACUAUUCGCCAAGUGGCAGAGACUGGACGACCGGAGGACGCG